AUGCUCUUUGUCUUUGUGGUCGACACCUCGGUGUCCAUGGCCCAGACCACAGGCUCGGCCAUGACCCUCCUCGACGCCGCAAAGGGCGCUGUGGAGCGGUUCGUCAAGAAUCGCCUGCGCGAGGCACCCGGGCGCGGCGAUCACUUUAUGCUCGUCACCUGCGCGCCAGGGCUGGAGGCUGUGGCUGCAGGCUGGGGCGCGCCGUACGAGGUCUUUGCCGCCGCCCUCCGCGCCCUCAGGCCUGUCCACUAUACAGACCUCGGCUCGGCCCUCAAGCUCGCCUUCAUGCUGCUCAACGCCUUCCGUCUGCAGCGCGAGAGCGACUCGUACACCGCCGGCCGCUCGCUCCCGGCCGCUGUUCCCUCGCAGGUCCUGCUCGUUACCGACGGCUCGUCGCUCACCUCCGAGUCCGGCCCGGCCAAGACCCUCACCCUCCCGCCGGCACACUGGCCGGGCAUGGAGCUGACCCGCGAGCCAUUCCGCUGGGAUCAGACCGUUCACACUCUUGUCCUCCGCAUUCCGGCCACCGGCCCACCGCCCAAGCGCUCACCGUCCACGCCGGUCCCAUCCGAAUGGGGCUCGUCGUUCCGCUCCCCGGUCGGCCAGACGCUCCCGCCGGACACGCCCAUUCCAGAGGACCUCCUCUACCGUCGCAUCUCCUCGUCGCGCGUCCCAGCCGCCGCCAUGUCGUUUGUCACCGGCGGCGCUGUCGUCGAAGCCUGGUCGCUCAAGGCUCUCCUCCGUGCUGUCGAUUCAAUGUUCCCGGUCAUCCCGCGCGUUCACAUCACCUGGAAGAUUGCCGCCCCGGACGGUCUGCCGGACAAGGUCUCACCGCAGACCCUCGCCUCCGAGUCGGGCCUUAUCCUGUCGAGUGCCGUUGGCACCGGCAUGUGGCCCAUUCCUGAGAACUUCUUCCCCACCACCUCGCUCGCCCGACUUCCGCCCCGCAGCGCCGUCCCGGACCUGCACGUCCUCAUCAAGGAUGCCUCGCGCCGCAUCCCAGAAGGCUUUCCCUACGACCGCUAUGACGUUCAGGAUUGUGCCCUCACAGCAUUUAUGCGGGCCCAUCCGCCAGCCGGUGCUUGGCACGUCUUUGUUCCUGGCUCCUCGUCGCAGGCCGACUCGCUCGGCUACCCAUUUGCCAUGCUCAAAUUGACGCCUGCCCGCGACCGUGUUCACCUCUACGUCCUCCCCUACAACUUUGGCCAUCUCUGGCCGCUCCUCGAUGAGGCUGUCGAGUCCAAGAACGCGGCCGUCUCGUCGCCGCGCUGGCGCGCUGCCAUGGCAGCCUACUUUGCCUCGCUCCCGUGCUACUACAUCCGCAUAAUGCGUGAGGCCUUUAAGAAGUUUGGUCUUCCGCCGGCGGCCAUGCCCGACGUCUCGCAGCUAGUCGGAUACCACUUUUCCAUUCCAGCUUCGCUCAAGUCUACCACAGCCGCGGCUGCAAAGGAAGCCGACAAGUUUGUGGCCGAUGUCAAUGCCGCCAUCGCCGCUGCCGCUCCGGCCGCACUGUCAGACGUGCUGGAAGAUCCCAAAGCGGCACUGGCUGCCUCGUCUGCCGCACGCAGCUUUGGCGCCGAAAGCGGUGCCGGCGCCUCCGGCGACGCCCCACCGCCUGAGCUCGACGAGAUUGAUGGCCUCUCGCUACCUGCCUCGCUCACCACCGCCAGUCUCGCCACCCACACUGCCGUGCACUCGACGAACGUCUUUGACAUUCCAGCGACAGAGUUGCUUGACUCACUCGCCCUGCUGCGGUCACGGCUGGAUCCGAGCGUUCGUCUCGCUCCCGCUGCCGACGUCGACCGCUUCAGCUUGCCCAUCGCUGAAAUGGGCAAGUACCGCGCAGUCGAAGCCGCCGCCAAAGCCCAAGAGCUCCGUCCGGUUCAUGACGAUGAGGAAAUGGAGACCGCGCUUGCUGAGCUCCGCAAGAAGCGCCCUCAGAACGUCGACGAGGCCGAUGAGGCCGCCGUGGCCUCGGCGCCCGGACUUUCUCGCAAGCGCGCUCGCUCUGCCCCGCCGCACCUCGACCAGACUCCAACCGGUCCUCGCAAGGCACGCAAGACCCUCGAUCCGGUGUCGCGUCCAUCAGACCUCGCCAAGCAGGAGCCGCAAGCGCCACCGCAAAUCCUCCUGCUAGCGGCGACGAUGACGACCUGA